AUGGAAGAACCACAUUUUCGCUAUGUAGUGGAAGCAAUCGAAAAGUCAAACGUACGGCUGGGUGUACUUAUGCAGGCCCCGGAGCUGGCUCUUAGCAGAGGGUUUGAUCGACAACUAUUCUUCAAAGCUAAAGAAGGUGGAGCUAAAUUUGUUAAGUUCCUGCGCGAGCUUUUGCAGCAACGCCUUAAAAAAGGCCCGGCAGGCCCUGUCAAGGACAUUUUUAGCUUUCUACAGCAGUGCAAGCAUCCUGACUCUAGUACUGGGUUAAGCCCGAUAGAAAUCAGCACCGAGACAGCGACAUUUAUAGUAGCCGCGAUGGCAUCUCUAUCUCACUAUUUAAGCUGGUCACCACGAUGCUAUUCACGUGCGAGAGAGGAGGUACGGACAAUAUUCGAUUCCGAGGGCGACAUAGUCUUUGGUCCCAAACUCAAUUCGUGUGUAUUUCUUCGGGCAUGUCUCGACGAAGCGCUGCGCAUCACGCCUCCUGCUGGAGGGCCUCUCUGGCGAGAAGUGGAAAUAGGUGGGACCCAGAUCAACGGAGACUAUAUACCAGCUGGUUGCGAGGUUGGUUCUGGCAUCUAUGCUAUGCACCGCAGCCCCCAAAAUUGGUCCGAUCCGGAUACUUACAUACCCGAGCGAUGGCUUCCGAACAAAGGUGCAGCAAAGUCCGAGAAUCAAGAGCACAAAAAUCUCCGCCAACCAUAUUUUCCUUUCAACAUUGGGCCACGUAGUUGCGUUGGAAAACCUCUUGCAAUCGCACAGAUCAUGUUAACAUUUGCUCAUCUCCUCUGGAAAUUCGACUUUCGCAUAGCUGAUGCCGAAGAGCUGUGUUCUACUAUUGAUGAUAUAGUACCGCCUGAGUACAUGCUCCAGGAUUAUAUAUCAGGCCAGAAACACGGCCCUAUCUUACAAUUCUGUUCUCGUUCCUAG